AUGAGAAAGAUCGGACAUAUUGUCGAGACAUUAAAGCUAUCAUUAAGCACUUUAAGCAAUAACUUUUUAUCACUUUCACCAUCUGCAUUUAACGACAUUCGUGUAAUAACUUUCAACUCUCAGGACGUGAAUCUUCAACCACAACCACACACGUUGCUUGAAAUUGGCCAAACAUUAAAUAAACAUUAUGUGAUACCCCCUGAGGGUGGAGUAUUAUUCAUUCGUCCAUUGACUGAUGAAGUCGAGCCGAGGCCUUUUCCAGCAUUAAAUAAUCAAUCAAACUCAUCUGUAUGCCACACAUUGACAAAGUCAUAA